AUGUGGCCGCCGUUACACUUCACCACCUUCCACCCCGCUCCCACCAACGUCGAUCUCGCCAUCCAUGGCGUCCCCCUCUACGAGCUCUCCAACCAGGAAUGCCUAGAGGAGAUCCUGCCCUCCGCGCUUAAACUAGCCGUUGGCAUCACCCCCUCUGCCGUCUGUUUCCUGAAUACGGACGAAACCUCCCGCUCCUCCAAGGCCACCACCUCUGUCAUCGUCUCCGUGACGGCGGAACGUCAUGUGGCGAGCAUCCUCCACCACACAAUGCAGGAACUGCUGCAAACUCGGCCACGCCACCCAGGGAUGCAGGUCCCCCAUCGCCUGCUCCCUGUGUACCCUCCCCCACAAGCUUCAAGACCACCGCCGCCCAGUUGCCAUGUGCAAAGGAGCAUCGGCGCCUCUUGA